AUGGCAAUAAAGGACUCCUCCUAUGUCAAGUGGCCACCUCGGUUGAGGGGAGACCCCGCCACCAGAAACAGGAACGUGUAUUGUUACUUUCACAAAGAUCACGGUCAUAGUACCAAGAAUUGUAGAAACCUCCGCAAUGAGAUCGAAGAACUCUUCUGUCGUGGAUGUCUAAAAAAUAUCAUACAAAAAGAGAAUAAAAACCAAGCAGAUCGGCAGGAGGAGCAAAGAAGAAAUGCUCCUGAGUCCAGUAGCAGGCAGAAUGAGCAGCCGCAGAGGCAGUUACUAGAAGAAAGGCCGAUCCGCGAAGUAAUCAACAUGAUUACUGGUGGAUCCAUCAUCGCGGGCUGCACCUCAGCGGCGAGUAAAACUUUAGUUCGUGAACUAGAGCAUGAAGAGCAGAAUCCACCGGAGCGACCCAGGCUCGAAGAUCCCAUUUACUUCACAGAAGAUGAUGCACGUGGAAUCAAGUACCCUCAUGACAAUGCCCUGGUGAUAAAGAUGAGACUAAAUGACUUUGAAGUGAAGCACGUCCUAGUGGAUUUGGGCAGUUCGGCCGACAUUCUGUUCAAGGAUGCCUUCGACAAGCUCCAGCUCCAAUAA